CAAUAUGGGAGUCGACUCACACUUUUCGGAACGAAUCAAUAAUCCAUCGUGUUUACAUGUUCUUGCUCUAACCCUAGCCCCAACACCAACAGAUCUCUAUCUCCGCCAUGGAUUUCUUCAGAUCGGUCUUCUCUGGGGAUGCCGACCCGUCGACGUCGCCAAACUCACCCCGCAGCGAUCUGGACCACGACGAUCACGAGCGAGGAGGAGAGGACUUCUAUGACGGAGAAAUCCCUAGUCCCAAUUCUCCUGACAACGAAGUUGAAGACAGCGAAGGCGGCACCGGAGGAUGGAUCUUCGGAGGUCUAAUCAAGACAUUCGCCUCAAAGUCUGAGUCCAUCAUCCAGACGUACCGCCGCGACCUGGCCGAUUUCAGCACGGGGCUUAAGGAGGAGACAACAGCGUUCCGUGAAAUCGCCUCACGCACCGUCCGUGAUAUUCCAGGGUCACUCGAGGUUGGUGCCUCCUUGGCCCAGGAGUCACUGGAGUCCGUUGGGCAGGCUAUCGACGACCUCGGCACCUCGGUGUGGAGAGGGACUGCUGACAUCAUUUCCCAGAGCAAGGAAGUGAUCCUAUCGCUGGAGGAUGGCGAGGAUCCAGAAGAGCAAGUGUUGGAUGAACCUAGGCUGCCGGCCAGUUCCGCUGCAUCUUCUAGGGUUUACAACCGAUUCGAGAUGCUCUUGCUUGUGAUACAGUCGGAUGUGAGUACCUUCUCUGAAGACCCAGAGGACACUGAUGCCUUCAGCAAGUGGAGAUUAGAAUUUGAUUUGGCAAUGAAGAAAGAGGAGAUGGAAAAUCUGUGCAAUGAGAAUGACACUUUGGAUGGUUUUCUCAACAAGCUGGUUCCCAGUGUUGUGGAUUAUGAUACAUUCUGGUACCGGUACUUUUACAAGGUCCAUAAGCUGAAGCAAGCUGAAGAUGCAAGAGCAGAGCUCGUGAAGAGGGUGAUUUCCAGAGAGGAAGAAGAGGAUUUGAGCUGGGACAUUGAUGAUGACGAGGAAAAUAUAGAUAAAACCACCGGAGAUGCUACUAUGUCUGAAAAACUAGAAGAGAAGAAAGAAAAGGAUGCACUGUCAAUAGUAGGUACUUCAGGAGAGCAAAGAGCUAAUGGGAUAUCUGAAGAUGAGAUUUUGAAGGGUUCCGAUGCGGAGGUUAAUAGGAAAGAGAUAUCAACAUCUGACAAUCAUGAAGAUACUAAAUCCAAAGUUGAGUCUAUGACCUCCAAGUUGGAUGAAACAAUGCUGACUGGAGGGAAGAUAGAUUCUGCAGACUCAUCCAAGUGCAGUGAUUUUUCAAUCAUCUCUUUCCAGAAUUCUGUGCCAGAGGAAGAAGAUCUUGGGUGGGAUGAGAUUGAGGAUCUACUAGAAGAGGAGGAGAAGAAACCUGGUGACUCAAAUUCUACUGUUCUCAAGGUGGACCUGCACAAGAGGCUUAGUGCUGCUGAGGAGGAUGAGGAUCUGAGUUGGGAUAUCAACGACGAUGAUGAGCCCAUCAAGCCUUGAUUUGUGGGUAUAAAUAUGUUUACUUCAAUUGUUUUGCAUCUGUCUUAUCCAAUAAUGGUUGCUUCUUUCAUUCUGUGAAUACUAUGUGAAUAAUUUCCUGUAGGCUUGCUACUUAAUUGCAAACGAAGGUGCUGCUUCCUUAAAGAAUAUAGAUUUUGAAUAA